AUGCGUUCGUUUACUUUUAUCAGUUUGCUGUGUACGUUGCUCGUACUGGCGACGUUCUCUGCUGCAUGGCCGUGGCCGCAGGGUGAUACCUUGCGCCAUGGCCUCCUCGUAGGAAAGCGGGCAGCGACAUCAACAACUGAGGCAGCGAAGACAGAGGCGGCAAAGACAGAGGCGUCGAAAACAGAGGCGUCGAAGACAGAGACGGCGAAAAAGACGGAUGCCGCAGUCACAUCAGCACCGACUGCGACCGGAACCAAUACCGCCAAAGAGACAGGCACGCAUACGGGAAAGGCAUCGGGUACAUCUAAGACUGGCACCGCCAAAGGCACCAAGACGAGUAGCAGCACAUCCAGCAUCUCCAUCAAUCCUGCAGCAGGUCCUGGAGGGAUCAGUAUGCUCACCCCCAGCGCCAAUGCCCAGAGCACCUACUACAAGAUUGGCGACUAUGUCACCUUCAAGUGGAACUACACCUCUCUCUCGAUUACCCCGUCUGCGGUCAACGUUGUGGCUUCAUGCAGCUUGAACAGUGAGACCUACACGCUCUCGCACAACAUGAGUGUCCAUCCCACGGGAGCAGUGACGUGGGACACUGGAAAAUAUCAGGCCUCUGCCACGGUUCCUCUGCUCACGGCGUCCUACACUCUCAUCGUCUAUGAUGUGGACUCGAACCCCAGUGCUGUUGCUAGCGCUGGACACCUGAGCUCGCAGAACCAAUACACCUUCGGCAUGUACCUGCCUCAGUCGUAUACUCCGCUGAAUGCCUACGAGUGUGUCACUUGCAACGGUGCCAUGUCGGAACUGGAGCGCCAUGCGCUCGGAUUCAUGUUUACCAUGGCGACGAUUACAUUUGUCUCCUUCACAUGGUUCGCCGGCGGUUUUGGGGUCUUUUCUACCUAA